AUGGGUCGAAGAAAAAGUAAACGACAAGCUCCACAAAGGAAAAAGGCUAUCGAACCUAUGGAUAUACAAUUUACGUGUCCAUUUUGUAACCACGAGAAAUCGUGCGAUGUUAAAAUGGACAAAGGCAGAAAUACAGCAAGAAUUUCAUGUCGAGUUUGUUUAGAAGAUUAUCAAACUAGCGUUAAUGCAUUAUCGGAACCAAUUGACGUGUAUAACGAUUGGAUUGACGCGUGCGAUGCUAUUAAUUAA